AUGGCUGCGCCCUGCGAGACUCUCCUGCAGCUGCUGCUGCCGCCGUUGGCGGUGCUGCUGCUGUGCGCAUGGAAGCGCUGGCGGCGGCGGGCCGCGGUCGGGCACGUGGCCGUCGUGGUGCUGGGGGACUUGGGCCGCAGCCCCCGCAUGCAGUACCACGCGCAGUCGCUGGCCCGGUGCGGCUUCUCGGUGACUUUCCUGGGGUUUUACAACUCUAAACUCCGUGGUGAGCUCCUGGAGAAUGACAAAAUUGCGAUUGUGGGGUUGGCAGAACUUGGCACACCUGCAGUUGGGCCCCGAGUUCUGCAGUAUGGAGUCAAAGUUGUUGUGCAGGCGCUGCAGCUGAUGUGGGCAUUUGUAAAGUUGGAGCCCGUAGACUACAUUUUCCUCCAGAACCCCCCAGGCCUGCCUGCCAUCGCCGUCUGCUGGCUCACGUGCUGCCUCUUUGGGGGCAAGCUCGUUGUCGACUGGCACAACUACGGCUACUCCAUCAUGGGGCUGGCGCACGGCCCUGCCCACCCCCUUGUUCUGCUGGCCAAGUGGUACGAGAAGCUUUGUGGACGCCUGUCACACCUGAACUUGUGUGUGACCCACACGAUGAGGGAAGACCUGGCUCAGAACUGGAGCAUCAGGGCUGUGGCCGUCCAUGACAGGCCGGCCUCCUUCUUCAGAGAGACCCCCCUGGACCAGCAGCACCGGCUCUUUGUGAAGAUGGCCAGUGUCCACCCUGCCUUCAGGCCCCGCGCCUCCACCUCGGACCCGGCCACGGGGCAGUCCGCCUUCACGGAGCGGGACGCAAGCAGCGGGCUGGUGACGCCACGGCAGGGGCGGCCGGCCCUGCUGGUCAGCAGUACAAGCUGGACAGAAGACGAAGACUUCUCCAUCCUGCUGGACGCUUUGGAAGCGUAUGAACAGCUGAUCGAUGGCGGAGAAAGCCUCCCUGCUCUGGUCUGUGCGAUCACAGGCAAAGGGCCGCUGAAGGAACACUACAGCCACCUCAUUGACCACAAGCGUUUCCAGCACAUCAGCGUCUGCACCCCGUGGCUGGAGGCCGAGGACUACCCCCUGCUUCUGGGUGCUGCAGACCUGGGCGUGUGCCUGCACAAGUCUUCCAGUGGCCUGGACUUGCCCAUGAAGGUCGUGGACAUGUUCGGGUGCUGCCUGCCUGUGUGCGCUGUGAAUUUUCGGUGCUUGCACGAGCUUGUGAAACACGGGGAGAAUGGCUUGGUGUUCCAGGACUCUGAAGAGCUGGCAGCUCAGCUGAAGGUAGCCGUAGUCGCCGGCCUCAGAGGGGGCCGUCUCACGGGUCGGGUGGAGUAGAUGCAGGGCUGGAUGAUGGCUGGUCAGCUCCUUUGCUGCUCCCUCUCCUGCUCCGUGAACGUGGGAGGCACACCCGCCUUCCCCUACGGUGUGGGUUGUGUUGGGCUGGGACAGAACCCAAGCCUCAGGCGCCCUGAGGUCGGCCUGGACAGUGUCCAUGACAACACCUCCCUGUAACAGUCUAACCCACGGGAGUGGCUGUGUGCCAAUAAGACUUUAUGUACAGACACAGGCGGUAGGUUGGGUUGGGCUGCAGGGGCCACAUUGUGGCUCCAAUGGUGACGCUCUGGCAGAGACAAGGAGACAGAGGGAGUGGCCUGCUCCCACGGGUUAGCGAGGGAGCGCUGAGUGCAGGCAGGGUG